GGAGUGAGAAAACAAAGCCGUCCAAGCCCCAACAGCUUUGUAUUUCUCCAGCCCGGUGCAGACCCCUGAGCCCCCGAGGCACUCCCUCCAUCUUUGGAACACACCAGUAUUGAUUGAUAACAGGAAGCUAUGAGGGACCCUGUGAGCAGCCAGUAUAGCUCCUUUCUUUUCUGGAGGAUGCCCAUCCCAGAACUGGAUCUGUUGGAGCUGGAAGGCCUGGGUCUGUCAGAUACAUCCACGUACAAGAUCAAGGACAGCAGCGUUGACAAAAUGAUCGGGCAAGCAACUGGAGCAAAGCAGGAGAAAAACCCUGAAGGUGAUGCCCUCCUUGAGUACAGCACCUUCAACUUCUGGAGAGCUCCCAUUGCCAGCAUCCACUCCUUCGAAUCGGACUUGCUCUAAGGCUAAGACUUCUCUCUCCCACCACCUUGCCCUCAUUGUCUUUCCUCUCAAGCCCCUUCCUUUCCACUCUUUUCCCGUUUUAAUUUUGUUCUCUAUUGUGUUGGUAGUGCUGAUGAAUCUGCCAGAGUUGAGUUGUAUGUAUGUAUUUAUUUAUCUAUCAACUCAAUUUCUCUCAAAAGCCCUCCAGUCAUAAAGUAAAUGGUUCAAGCAUGGGGUCCUGGGUCACAGGGAUUCCUCCUUUCCCCCCCAAAUAUUAACUCCAGAAACUAGGCCUGAUUGUGGAUACCUGAUAGUAUAGUAGUGCAAAAUGGAAGACUGAUUUUUUACUCCAUUUUAAUCAGCUUCAGAGAUUGCUUAAACCUUCCUAAUUUCCUGCUCCAGGCCAGUAAACACAAAUAUUUCUUCAAGGAGUGAUGAAAAGCUUGGAAGUUUUAAUUUGAGAUUAUCUGCCAUGAAACAGUAUUUCUAAAAGGCUAAGAUGAUAAGUCUCUUCCUUGUUUGAUCCUGCUUUCUUGUAAUAUUUUUCCUCAGAGGAAUCAAGGGGGUAGUUAGAAGUAUAAAACCAGAGGAAAUAAUACAUUAUGGAAAAUGAAAAUAGGGAAAAUAAUUGAAUCAUUUUAGAAGUAGCUAAUUUCUUUUCUCAAAAGAGUGUCCCUUCUUCAGGCCUACUCACUUUACAACCUUGCUCCUGUGGGUUGAAAAUUCUAGCUAAAGAAAGAUAUCAAAUCUUAAUAUGCAUUCUUGCUAUUAUGAUAGUUUUUAAGGUUUCAAUUCAAUCU